GCGUUUUGUCCAAAUGGUUUUUGGUUUACGGGUUUUUUGCGUAUUGGGGGUCAUUUUGCUAUUACAAAAAUGUCGGCACCUACAUCCCUCCAUCUCUACACGCAUCUCCAACCCCCAUCACGCACAGAAGACCAAUGGACACGAACCCUUUUUAGCCGGUCAACAGCCUACAUGGCCCACCAAACCCCUUCGUCACCAUCCCCCCCUCUUCCCACACCGACACCAAGCACACCACCUUCACCACCUGCGAAAUGGACUGCAUUGCCUACGAGUCUUCAACGACCGCUUUCGAGGGAAGAGUUUAUGAAAGUUCUUUCGGAGCAUGUUUCGAGGAAACGGUCUUUGGAGGAUGGGGAACGGGAGGAAGGGUUGGAGAAGCGGUUAAAGGUGUUGAGUGAGCGGGUUGUUACAGAAACGACUACUCUUCUUACCACCCACACCCAAACCCUAACAACCCUCCUCGAAUCCCAUAAAACAAGCCUAGACACAACCCGCGAACAAACCAAAACUCUCACAACCCUCCUGCAAUCCGAGAAAACCCUACACUCGUCACUCGUCUCCCAAAACGAUACACUAGCAACAUUGUCCAAUCGAUUAAAUACCUUGCAAGCCAAACUCUCUACCCUACCCAACACCCCGCAUGACGAUCAUGAUGAUGAUGAUGAAUCGACACUUCCGGACCGGUUACAACAGACAAAUGAGCGGAUAUCGCAGUUGAUGCGGAUUCGAGAUGAUGUACUUCGAGACCGGAUGCAACGGGAAGCUAAAUGUAGGCAGGUCCUUGAAGCGUGUGUGGGCGGGUGGGAAUGGAGUGAGGAGGGUGUGAAUGAGGUUUUAGAGUGUCUGGAGGUAGAUUAGAUAUUUUUUAUGGGGGUUUUUUUUUGUUGGAAUAGAGUGGGUUGAUGCACUCCA